AUGCCACAGAAAACGUGUUUGGACUGCGGACGACGUGUAUACAAGGGUAGGCGCCGGGAACUUCUGCCCGGUGUGUUUUCUUGCAUCACAUGCUUCCAAGAAUUGGGUCCAUUAACGGAUCGGGAAGCGCUGGUGGUUGACGACGAGCAAGACGCUGCAGCAGCUCUCGUGCAAAUGGCACAACCCCAAGAGCUGGGUGGCGAUGCAGUUGAGUCAAUGACAGCCCCGCGAUGA